AUCUUCCUUCCUUUAAACCGGAACCGUCAAUAUAAGUGCAGCAUCAGCUGAGAAGCGGAGAGCAGUAGUACCUAGAAGCAACACGCGCGACGGUCGUGAGCUCAAAAUCCUCCGAUUCGAUCUCCGUCCAGACAAUCAUGCCGAUCCGGAAUAUUGCCGUGGGUAGGCCUCAAGAGGCUACUCACCCGGAAGCCUUGAAGGCUGCGUUGGCCGAGUUCAUCUCUACACUCAUUUUCGUAUUUGCCGGCGAAGGAUCCGGCAUGGCCUUCAACAAACUCACAGACAACGGCUCCACUACCCCGGCUGGGCUUGUGGCUGCUUCCCUGGCCCACGCUUUCGGUCUUUUCGUCGCCGUCUCGGUCUCUGCCAAUAUCUCUGGUGGCCAUGUCAACCCGGCUGUCACCUUUGGCGCCUUCGUCGGUGGUAACAUCACCCUCCUGCGUGGCAUCCUUUACUGGAUCGCCCAGCUCCUCGGAUCCACUGUUGCUUGCCUGCUUCUUAAGUUCUCCACCGGCGGCUUGACCACCAGUGCUUUCUCCCUGUCCUCAGGAGUUAGCGUUUGGAACGCCUUCAUCUUCGAGAUCGUAAUGACGUUUGGUUUAGUUUACACAGUCUACGCCACCGCCGUUGAUCCAAAGAAAGGUAGUUUGGGGAUCAUCGCCCCCAUUGCAAUCGGUUUCAUCGUGGGAGCUAAUAUUCUGGCGGGCGGUGCGUUCGACGGAGCUUCAAUGAACCCUGCCGUGUCGUUUGGGCCCGCGCUGGUGAGCUGGUCCUGGCAUAACCACUGGGUCUACUGGGCAGGGCCUCUCAUCGGUGCUGCGAUCGCCGGACUAGUGUACGAGUUGGUUUUCAUAAGCCACACUCACGAGCAGCUGCCCCCGCCAGACUACUGAUUGAAGUAUUGAACAACGAAAGAAACGAUGUCUUAUUUUGGGUAUCAAAUAAACAGGGGCGCGGCUUUUAUUGCUGUACGUACUUCGUCUUUAGAGUUGGAGUUGUGUUUAGUUCGUCAAUGUAACUUUCCCUUUUUUUCAGCAUCAUCAUGGAUGUCAUAACCACUGUUGUUUUUCCCUAGAAGUCAUCUUUGUGGUUCUGAAGAUAGGGCUGUGCUUUAUGUUAUUUUGCUUCUGUUGCAUGAUACCAGUCCUUCGUAAUUUCGCCUUUAUAACACUGUUCUUUCUUUUUGUU